GCUUCAAUUGCAACAGAAUAACGGUCGGCAUGUACUGUGUCCGCGCGUACUUUGCGAAAAACCAACGAUGGCUGCCACUGUGCGUAACCGCAAAUUUACAGGAUUAAUGCGACGAACUCCUUUUCGAUUAACAACCAACGCGCGGUGUCGCUGUAGACCACGGAAAAGAACACGGGCAUUUUCAUUCUUAGACUCCUCCUUUUAGAAAAGGAGAGAGGCGCACUGAUACUCCCCAUUACGCCUUAUUGAAGAGACGGGCAGAAUGGUGGUGUGACACACCACACUGUGAUAUACGCUGUCUGGAUUAAAAUGGAUGCUUUCACUGCAUUGUGAGCGUUGCCUUUACUUGGACCUUGCCGCAGUAAACAGUCAGGGUGAGCGCUAUAAUGGCUUUUUGGGAACAGACAGGACUUGUGUGGAUACAGUUUAUCGCCCUGUUUUAUCUUUUAAGAUGGUCUUCCGCACAGACUGUUUAUUCCGUAUCGGAGGAGGUGGACAAAGGAACGUUUGUGGGAAAUAUCGCCAAGGAUCUAAAUCUGAACGUGCAAGACCUGGAGACGCGUGGGCUUCGGAUUGUAACCGGCUCUAAUAAGAGAUAUUUCGAGGUAAAUCUGAAAACAGGAAUUCUGUAUGUUAAUGACAGAAUAGACAGAGAGGCGCUGUGUCCCAAUCUGGCAAAGUGCUCUUUAAACAUAGAGGCCAUAUUGAAUCACCCAAUGCAACGGCACCGUAUUGAAAUUGAUAUUUUAGAUAUAAAUGAUAAUGAACCGUCAUUCUUCGAAAAGUCGCACGUUUUAAAUGUCACCGAAUAUGCGUUUUCAGGGGAGAGAUUUCCUCUUCCUAUAGCAAAUGACCCCGAUGUGGGCAUUAACUCAGUUAAGAGCUACAAGCUGAGUCCGAAUGAGCACUUCUCCCUGGAUGUACAGAGCGGUGGAGAGCAGAGUGUAUCUGCUGAGUUGGUGCUGCAGAAAGCUUUAGACCGAGAGAAACAGCCUGUGAUUCAGCUCCUGCUGACUGCUGUUGAUGGGGGAAAACCUCCCAGAUCCGGGACUUUGCGCGUCACCAUUAAUGUCAUAGAUGUGAACGACAAUGCCCCCAUAUUCAGCAGCCCUUUGUAUAAAGUUCGUGUGUCUGAGAAUGUUCCUUUUGGAACAACAAUACUCACCCUCAAUGCCACAGAUUUAGACGAAGGAGUGAACGGCGAGAUUUCAUAUUCUCUGGUUAAACGAGGGAGUCUGGAUCCUUCUGAGAUCUUUUCCCUUAAUCCGAAAACUGGAGAAAUCACUCUAACAGGGAGUUUAGAUUACGAAGAAAGCGCAGCAUAUGAAAUCCGCGCGCAGGCGACCGACCGAGGGCAUUCUCCACGCAGUACUCACUGCAAAGUGUUAGUCGAAGUUGUUGAUGUGAACGACAAUGCGCCAGAGAUCUCUGUAACGUCGCUAACGAGCCCCGUUAAGGAAGACGCUCAAACUGGUACAGUGGUGGCUUUUAUAACAGUAGCAGAUAAAGACGGCGGUAAAAAUGGACUUGUGAAAUGUAAUCUCGCUGGUUUUGCUCCUUUCAAACUGCAGUCCUCCUAUAAGAACUAUUACUCUUUAGUGGUUGACGGGCCGCUGGACAGAGAGCGCGCCUCUCAGUACAACGUCACCAUCACAGCUACAGAUGAAGGGACUCCGCCUCUCUCCAGCACCAGCGUUAUUACUGUACACGUUUCUGAUGUGAACGACAACGCGCCGCGCUUUGCAGAGCCCGUGAUUAAUGUGUAUGUGAAAGAAAACGGCCAGGUGGGCUCUGUGAUUCACACCGUAUCUGCCUUUGACCCGGAUUUAAACGACAACGCCAAAGUGACUUAUUCUUUACUGGGGAGUUCUGGCAAAGGCGCGCCCCCGUCAUCAGCCGUCAACGUGAACUCUGUGAGUGGAGAAAUCUACAGCCUGCAGUCUUUUAACUACGAGGAAGUAAAAACGCUGCAGUUUCAGGUUCAGGCCACAGACUCUGGUGUCCCUCCACUGAGCAGCAACGCGACUGUGAACGUUUUCAUCCUGGAUGAGAAUGACAACAGUCCUGGGGUUCUCCCUCCCUAUUCUGACCAGGGCUCGGUUAAUGCUGAGAACAUUCCGUAUUCUGCUGAAGCGGGCUACUUUGUGGCCAAGAUCAGGGCUGUAGACGCAGACUCUGGCUACAACGCGCUGCUUUCUUAUCACAUGGCGGAACCCAAGGGAAGCAGUCUCUUCCGAAUCGGCAGCAGCAGCGGGGAAAUCAGGACUAAGAGGCGGAUGAGUGACAAUGACUUGAAGACGCACCCGUUGGUUAUUGUGGUUUCUGACCACGGAGAACCUUCGCUGUCGGCGACUGUGUCUAUUGAUGUUGUGGUUGUUGAAAGUACCGGUGAAAUCCAGACAUCGUUCCGACAGCUGCCGGUGAAGGAGGAGAGUUUCUCCGAUUUGAACCUGUAUUUGCUGAUCGGCAUUAUUUCAGUGUCAGUUGUAUUUUUACUGAGCCUGAUUAGUUUAGUAGCUGUAAAAUGCCACAGGACAGACGGCGGUUUGAGUAUACACAGCGCCCCAGUGAUCACCACACACCCUGACGGGAGCUGGUCUUACGCUAAAUCUACUCAGCAGUAUGACGUGUGUUUUAGCUCAGACACACUGAAGAGUGACGUUGUGGUUUUCCCCGCGCCGUUUCCGCCUGCGGAUGCGGAACUGAUCAGUAUUAAUGGAGGGGACACUUUUAAACGGAACCACACGCUCCCCAACAGCGAGAAGUUGUCACUUUACGUGUAG